CCCACCCACCCCUCUGUAUCUCCCUCUAUUGUGUGUGUGUCUUUUUUUGUGUAUCUUUGACGUCUUAUAAGCACAAAAAAAAAUUUUUUGUUUGCCUUUCUUUCUUUUUCUUUUUUUCUACCUCCUCAUUUCCGCAUUUCGCACCCAUCUGUUUCAUGCUGCCUGUUCGUUCACACCUCUGCAAGUCUUUCAUACCAUCUGUGAGAGUGUGUGUGUGUGUGUGUGUCUGUAAUCACGGGGCUCUUUGCUAAAAGGUGGCAUCUGGACAGGUGUCACCUUUGGGUAACUUGGCAGAGCGGUGUGUCCUGUUGAGACCACUCAGAGAGAGAGAGAGAGAGAGAGAGAGAGAGAGAGAGAGAGAGAGAGAGGGGGGCGUUCUUCUGGAGAUAUUACACAUUGAACUUCCUUAUUGUUCAGUUUUAUUCCCAUUUAAACUUCACAGACUCUCCUGAGGGGAACAAACUGGAUUUAUUGGACCUGCAGAAGAAGAAGAAAUAGUCCUCCUGUCUUCUCGGCGACUUGCAGCAGAAAGGAGAAUGUUUAAUACAUGGGCUGCUUUAUCAAUAAUUCAGUGUAAAGUGGGCAACCCCGUGUUGCCUGGUGGGCGUUGAUCAAGACGUUCAGAGCUGUGACUGUUGGGGGGGUUUGAUGCCUGCUGAUAGCUCGGUCCACUGACAGCCCGCCCUGACGAUGUGUCGCCUCCCUCUGCGUCUCCGCUGAUCGCCGGCUGCUUCCCGUAACAGCUGACUUCACUUCCAGCUGAUCUCUUGGACGCAUCAGACGAGCCUCAUUUCACUCUUCUUCUUUUGGAUCAACUUUUUUCUCCCGCAGCAGAAAGAAGAAGAAGAACUGAAUCAUCUGCAUUUGCACGGAUCCUCCUCCAGUAUUUUUGUCUCUUUGUGUUUCUUGCACUUGAAGCCCCAGUUUUUUGUUUUUUGUGUGUGUGUGUGUUGAUCCAUGCGCCCUCGCCUCGCCUCCGACCAUGAUCGGUGUUAACAGCCUGCACUCUGCGGGGCGCCUACGCUCUCGCUCGCUCUGCACCGUGCGCUACGGGAGAGACUUCCGGAUGAUGGACCCGUUCCGCUAUCCCAGAACCCCGCGCUCCCGCUCGCUCAAACCCCUCGUGUUCCCGGACCUGCUGGGCAAAGCUCAGGACGGACAGAAUCAUCCGCAGGCCCGGAAGAGGAGGAAGGCGCUCUACAACUCAAUCAAGAAUCAGAAGCUGCAAUGGACACUGGACGAGGAGGAGCUGCGGAAGUCCUUCUCGGAGCUCGGGGACAGCCUGUGCGACUCCAACGCCUCCAGGUCCAUGAAGCGGGUGGGCAGCAGCGAGAAGCCCCUGGCGGACGAGGGGGAGCCUACGGGAGCGCUGCUGUACAAGAACGGGUUCCUGGUCCGCAAAGUCCACGCGGACUCAGACGGCAAGAGAACACCGCGAGGGAAGCGAGGCUGGAAGACGUUCUACGCCAUCCUUAAAGGGCUCAUCCUCUACCUGCAGAAAGGGGAGUACAGGCCCGACAAGCAGCUCUCUGAGGAGGACCUGAAGAACGCCGUGUCCAUCCAUCACUCUCUGGCCAUGAAGGCUUCAGACUACAGCAAGAGACCCAACGUGUUCUACCUGAGGACGGCCGACUGGAGGGUUUACCUCUUCCAGGCACCGAACGCGGAGCAGAUGCAGUCCUGGAUCACACGGAUCAACACGGUGGCCGCCUUGUUUUCCUCUCCUCCGUUCCCGGCGGCCAUCGGCUCCCAGAAGAAGUUCAGCCGGCCGCUGCUGCCGGGGACGAUGUCCAAACAGAGCGAGGAGGAGCAGGUCAGAUCUCAUGAAUCUCGAUUCAGAGGUCUCUCCACCGAGCUGACCGAGCUGCGUUCCUACCCUCCUGACCGCAAAGUCAAAGGUCGCGAGCUGGAAGAGUACCGCCAGAAGGACGAGUAUCUGGAGUUUGAGAAAACACGGUAUGGGACUUAUGUGAUGCUGCUGCGAGCUAAAAUCCGGAGCGGGGAGGAGGACCUGUCCCUGUUCGAGUCCCAGCUGCUGGAGGACAACGGGCUGCAGCGAGCUCACUCCAGCCCCACGCUGCAGGACAGCAGCCAGGCCAGCCAGGUGAGCCAGGCCAGCAGCAGAGACGGAGGCACCAGCAGCAAAGCAAGCGCCUGCAGCGGCGGCGGCAAACCCCCCCGACAACAGGAGGGGCAGAGACACAGCUACAGACAGGCCGUCAAGAAGUGAGGCGGGGGCGUGGGGCGCCGGGAGAGCGGCACAGCGUUGCACUGCCAGCAGGCGGGGCUGUCUCCCUGCAGCGGUUUUUAUUUGAGAUCCAGGAGGGGUUUGGAGCUCUGCUUGAAGGGGGGAGCAGGGAGUGAGGGGUGGUCUACUACCCCACACGCUUCCCCCCCGACCAAGACCCCAAUCUUCUCGUCUACCAGAGGAGGUGCUGGUGGGGAAACCCCCCCCCGGGCCAGGAUGUUGGUGCAGGAGGUGGGAGGUCACAGGUGUCUUUGAGAGCGGGGACGCUGGGCGCAGCAGCAGAUGGAGAUAUAAACGCGGUGCUCACACUGAACAGCUGACAGGAACGAGCAUCCAGCAGCAUCUUUUACUUUUCUCCACCUCUCCCGUCGAACUUCUUCUCCCACCUUUUUUCUUGACUUUCAUUCAGUUUUUGGGACCAAAACAUAAAAAAAAACAUCCCCAUUGUAGACGACUGAUUGUUUGUUUUUAAAAGUGUAAACUUGACUUUGAAAGCAUCACCAGGAGCCAUUACAUUCCAGCUCCCCCCCUCCCCACCGUGGUGUGUUCACAUUCCACACAAGGAGCAGGACGUCACAGCUCCUCUCUCACUGCAGGUUGGUUUUCAGAAGACGAUGAAAAUGUUGCGGCUGCAGAGAGUAACGACGUGAUGAGACGGCGCGGCUCCUCUCUCUCCCUCUUCUCUCGAUCGCUGACGGCAAAAAGCAUCGGUAGAAGAAGAAGUCGCUCCUGAUGCGCGGCGAUUUUUAAAACUGCAUCUUAUCGAGAGAUUUUUUUUUGUUUUUGUUUUUUUGUAUUUGUGUGUUUCGCUCUACUUGAAACAGGCGAUCUCUUUUCUGCUUCUGUCCCGUGGUUGUGCUUCUGUUUCUCUAUAUUUCUUGGCCGAGAGUUUGUUUUUUCUCAGUGAUCCGCAUGCCUGCAUCCAGCUCAGCUUCUUUUUUUAAGGCCUUUUUUUUUUUCUUGAUUCGAGGAAAAAAGUUGUUCUCUCUCUCUUAGGGGUCGUUUCUCUUCAUGCCGGUGCCAUAACCCAACAUGUCUGUACUUAUAGCCUCUCAUUUAUAACCCCCCCUCCCCUCCCCUAUUUGACCACUCACCAGGCAGACCCUGAAUGUUCUUGUUUUUUCAAUAUUUUUACAGUAUUUUACAGCCAGUUUGUUGAUGUUGAACCUUAUUCCACAUGUGUACGUCAAAGUGUAUGAUGAAUAUUGUAAAAGGAAAUAUGUUACCCACACUCUUUGUAAGCAUCCAGGAUAUGUUGUGUAUAUAAAAAUGCACCGUUUAUAUUGUAGGAUAUAUGACGACAAAGUAUAUUUACAAUAUAUUCAACUCUUCAUUGUGAGGACGCGUUAAGUAUGAGUCCCAGACGUGCGACGCCAUAAUAAUCUUGUGUUCCUUUUUCUUACAUGGUGGCACUAAAUCAGCACAAUGUGUGUGUUACAGUGACGCAUUUAUCAGAGAUUAGGACGUGAUUUUAAAGAUGCUUUUGAUGUUUUUUGAGAAGGAAGCUGUUAAAAAAAGAAAAGAAAAGGAGGAGGUUUUCCAAAGGCGGCGCAUGGUUCGCUCUGAACUAGCAUGAUUUUAAAAAGGGGGUCGUCGGUUGGAGCAAAAUGCAUGAAAAGGGGGAAGAAUGUAAAAAAAAAAAGAAGAAUCAUUCAGGAGGGUGUUACAAGAUGUUUGGUAGCCACACACACCUCCAUUAGCGUUAUCGAUGUUUAGCCAUUUUAUCUACUCAGGCUUUUUUUAACACCUUGACCAGCUGCAGCGCCUGUGUCUGACCAGCAGGGGGAGCUGUUUGUUGUUUUUUUUCCAGCCAUACACAUCUGCUGCACCUGCAGUGAAUAUGCAUGACCCCGCCCCCUCCCGCUCACCUGAGGGCGGGGACGGAAACUGCAGGGCUAAAACCAGACAAGAGCUGUUUGUGUUUUUAACUCUAGAUGUCAAGUGUGUGUGUGUGUGUGUGUGUGUGUGUGUGUGUGUGUGUGUGUGUGUUUUCUGUAUGUGAAUGUUACUAUGUGCAUGCUGUGACUGCGCUGGCCGUACAAACAAAGCAGCGUCACGUUGUUCCUCCAUCCUUACAAACGUGUUCUUUGAAUUUAUUUGAAUAUAUUUGAAUAUUCAGGAUUUCGGCUCAUCGUCGUGUUCGCCUCUCAGUCACCGAUCUGUUGCAGUUUCGAGACAUUUUCGUCCGACUUUCCAACAAAAGCCAAACAAAUCCAGUAUUUCUCUCUUGCUUCCUGUCUUGUGUGGUAGUGAAACAGAGAAUCGGGCUGAGAAAAAGCAAUUCAAAGACACAAUCACUGCCAUUGUUUCACUGCUUUCUCACAUUUUUGCCAAACAAACAAUGUUAGAAAAUGAAAAAAAACAAACCAUGUGAUGCAGCCUGACUGCAGCUUUUUGCUCAUCUACACUUCAUUCUCUGUUUUUCAUAUCCUAAAUGUCCCUCCAUCUUUCUUCACUUUUCUCUCUGGUGGCUUUAAAGAAAGUAUUCGGCAUGUGGAUAUCGUUAGCUGACUUCCUGUUACGUUCCACCGCUCAUGAGACUUUACAUCCCGACUCUGUAUUUUAUCUGUUCUGUUUAUAAAGUGGCCAAAGCCGUCAGAGGGCGCACAGACUCGUGUCAAAGGUCAUUCAUGGUCCACUGAGGAGGCAGAUGAAGACGUUUGGUUCUUUCUUUAACGUCCACUGACGUCACAUGAAUCCAAAUAUUAGAUAAAAAAGCACUUCUUAAGAUUUCAUCCUGGACUAAAUAGUUACAAUUUAAGGGUUUAAAAAUAAACUCGUCGGGUGCAUUGUAACCCUUCUCUUUCCAAAAUGUGAAAAAUAAAAAUGUCACCAGCUGAACCUCUAACAAGCACAGCCAACAAGCCAGUAAGCACAGAUGUAUAAAAACCAACCAGCAGACUUUAAUUGAAUCCCAAGAUAAACUGUUUUUUUUGUCUUUUUACAGAGCACUUUAAUUUUUUCCACCUGCUGUUUUUAAAGUCAAGAAUGAAGUUUCUGUCCUGAUGGUACGACAGAUGUGUCAAUCUGUUUUCCACUUCCGGGUCUGUUUGGUUUUAUUUGUUAGUUUCCUGCCAUCAGUGGUGGUCUUGAUUGGUCUUGAUUUAGAGAGACUGAAACCUUUAUAAAGUGGUCUAGAGGCGGUCUUGAGACCAGACACAGAGUUCAAGACAAAGUUGUCUUUAUUGACAAUUUUUUCCAUACAUAAAAAUCGAUAAAACCUUCCUCUCCAAACCGCGGUGCACGCUAAGUAUAAAAGCAAUGCUGAGCUUUAAGAUCUUGUUUCUAAAAUUAAAACCUUCUAGGAUUUUUACGACAUUGGCUCCCAAAUCUGGAGUCUGGGGGGGUCUGGGGGGGGACGGCAAAGAUCUAGGUUAAAACUUUAGUUUUGCACGUAUUAACUGAAACCAUGAAAACAUACAUACUGGAUUGAUUUCUUAAAAUGUGUGUGCAGUCCUAAUCUGGCCCUUUUGGAUUUCAUAGAAGCUGCAGCAGUUAGUCGAUCAAAAACAAAAACAGAUCUGCACAGAUUCAGCAAAUUUGCGGUCGUUUCUUAAAAGCAGAAAUGCCAAUAAUCGAAUGUGAACCCUCACUGCAGCGCAGAAUAGUGAAUAACAUCCUUUAACUUCAAAGUUUAGAGAGUUUAAAUCUCUCUUAAAAUCCUCCAAAACUUCACAAGCACUCGAGGAAAUAAGCAGCUGAUAAAUCAAUAAUGAAAAACCCCACUGAUACGAUUUAAAAAGUUUAUCUUAAAAUCUUUUUUUUAAACUGGAAACUGAAAUAAAAACCUGAAACAGAUCUUCUAACUCAAGCAGCAACAAGUCAUCAAUAAGUAGGUCAAAGGUGAAUCGAUUGGAGGACAUAUUUGAAUGAUUUUAGCCAUUUUUAUUUUUUUAAACUUAUUUUUUAUUGAGUACACCGAUAAAAUAUACAACUUCAGGAGAUGCUGUUCAGUUACAUUGUCCAUUUUCUCAUGAAAUCCUAACAUGCCAUUUUACCAAACAACUACACAUCCAUAUCCAUACAUGUAUACACACACACCCUUUCCUUCAUACCUACAUUAGAUAGACAUAAACUUACAUACAUACAUAUAACCACACAUAUGGCAGCCUUAAUUUUAGCCAUUUGUUUUACUCAUUUAUGUCACAUUUUUGUUGGUUCCAGCUUCUUAAAAGUAGUCCUCUAAGCAGUAUUAUGUGCAGAUUGAUGAAACAGAUGAAGGCGUAUCUGCAUCAGAUCACCUCCACACAGUGAGAUAACCUAACCUGACAGCAUGUGAUGAGAUAUUCUGGGCACACGGCUCUGUACACUCUGGUACAGUAUGGAUGGAUGUAAUAUAUAAAGGGAGGCAGCUCCACCUUGACAAAGUCUCCAAGGUCCCCCCCCCCCUUCCUCCUCCAUCAUGUGUUGUCUCCACUCCCUCAUAUCAAAGAGCAGCUGCAGGAUCUCCAUGGCACUGGUUUGGCGUUGAUGUACUGGUCUGGUUUCCCCUGAUGGAGGGCUCUGCGACGCUCAUGUGAAAGUCACCCUGUGGUCGUGUGUGUGUGCACGGCUGCAGGCUUCACCUCGGUUAAAGCCGCAGUGCAUGUCUGCAGCCGUCUGGACAAACUGUUCUGUCCACCCAGAAGCCUCGUUUCUGAAUGUAAAUAAAGCAUGAGACGUUAUGGCCUGCGUUCAUUUAUGAUAUGGUUAAGAGUAUUACAUAAAAGGUUAAUAUAUAAAGUAGGUCGACAUUCGCCCCCCCCCCCCGUCCUUGAGCUCAUGGUCAUUUUUGUUGUUUUUGUUUUGAUUUUCUCUCAAUGUGAAUGAAGGAAUAUUUAAAAGCUGUCGUACGCUGUCGUUGUUUUAGAGACUCGAGCCGGCUCAAACAAAUCUUUUUUAGUUUUUUAGACUGGUGCAGGUUCAGAGAGGCAAUGCUCAUUUUAUGCUACACACACACACACACACACACACACACACACACACACACACACACACACACACACACACACACACACACACACACACAUACACUGGGCUACAUGUGUCACUGCCUUGUUUUAAACUCACCAAGGGAAAUGUUGUCUGUGAGCUUCUCUAUGGGAGGUGGAAGAGGAAAAUAAAAGUGUUUUGGAAGCUUG